AUGGCACCACGUUUGGGAAUCUUUCUGAUUUGGGCUGGCGCUUGUAUCUUUCUCCAACUGGACCAUGUGGAUGGAGAUCUGCAGACGACGGGGGCUGACCAUUCUGCUACAGUGAACCCAGAUCAGCAGCUGAUUAUGACCAAACAUUCUGCUACAGUGACACCAGAAAAUAAAUGUGUUUUUCCAUUCAACUAUCGAGGCUAUCGGUAUUACGAUUGCACUAGGACUGAUUCGUUUUACCGUUGGUGUUCCUUAACUGGCACUUAUUCAGGGAGUUGGAAAUAUUGUGCUGCCACAGACUAUGCCAAAUGUGUCUUUCCCUUUGUCUACCGUGGCCAAACAUAUGACCGUUGCACAACUGAUGGGAGUCUUUUUCGCAUUUCUUGGUGCUCAGUCACUCCUAACUAUGAUCAUCAUGGAGCUUGGAAAUAUUGCUAG